AUGCCAUCAACGAUCAUCCCCUCGUCCCGCAACCCGUCAGCCUCGAGCAGGCAGGCGGGCGGCACCUUCACCGGCACGGUCUGGAUGGAUCCAAUCUACUCCGACGCCGGCCCGACCAUCAACAUCAACCACGUCAUGUUCACGCCCGGGGCCCGCACGUACUGGCACACCCACGAGCACGGGCAGAUGCUCCGCGUGCUGGCCGGGUCGGGCUGGGUGUGCGACAAGGGAGGCGAACCGAGACGGCUGAACGUGGGGGACACGGUGUGGUGCAGUGCCGGCACGACGCAUUGGCACGGGGGCGACGAUGGGAGCUUCAUGAUGCAUUUGGCUGUCAGUCAUGGGAAGACCAUGUGGCAUGACGAGGUUACCGAGGAGGAGUAUCAGGCGAAAAGGAAGUGA